CUUCUAGGUGUGUACAUUUGGGUAAGGCUGGAUUGGUUGUGAAUGGCAGGAUAGGAGCAUUUUAAAAAAUGUUUCUAGACUUGUGACUUAAUCAUGUCGCAAGUCUGUCUUUAUCAGUGUGAAAGUGUAUAUAACUAUGUCAAGUCUCCUUUAGCUCAGUUAAUUAACAUCUACAAUCAAACCUAUUAAUCAACGUCAACAUCUACAAUCAGGCCUAUGCCAAAUUAAUUAUAUUAAUCAACAUCUACAAUCAGGCCUAUUAAUCAACAUCUACAAUCAGGCCUAUUAAUCAACAUCUACAAUCAGGCCUAUUAAUCAGCAUCUGCAAUUAGGCCUAAUUUAAAGCUUAAAAAUAAAACUUGCACUGUUUUGUUGCAUUGAUUGCCUCUGACUCUGGAUAGAGAGUAGCGGUAAGAGAGUGUAAACUGAGUGGAGUAGGCUCAGUUCAGUAAGUAACUCAGUAACUCAAUAAAAUUAAAUUCAAUGUGAAUAGAUAGAAAAAUAUCCAAAUUUAGUCAUACUAAAAUGACUAAAUUACUAGCCCCUAACUAAUAGUGCUGUACCUCUACAUUUGUUUUACACUCACUUUAAGCUAUGACUUUGAAAACUUUGUUGUCAAUGACAGUAUAUUCAGUAUAUAUUAUUAAUUAUAGAGUCAAGUCUUUAACUUUAUGGUCCACAAUUUGUAGUUUGUAACUAAAUACAUGCUAGUUUUAUUUAAUGAUUUAAAUUUGUUUGUUUAUGAAAUAGAAAUUAACUAAAAAUAUAUUUAAAUUAAAUAAUAAAUUUUAAUGUUUUAAAAAAUAUAAUUAUAUAUAUAUAUAAUUAACAUUAAUCAUAAGCCUACCACUACUACUAAGACUGAGUGGCCUACUUAAAUUUUAAAAUUUAAUGAGACAGUGGUCUUAGUCUUGUGUGGAUUAAAUUAUUUAAUUCUGCUUGUAUUAAAAAUGUCAGUGAUUCAGUCUAAGACUAAGAGAGAAAGCUUAACACGUACUUUCAAUUCAAAAAGAUCUAGUAUAUUAUAAUUAUAUUUUGUAAUUGGAAAAUUAAAAUGAUUUUAUUAUUUUAUUGCUAAUAAUUUCAAAAAUUAUUUUUAUUUACUUUUAUAAACUAAUUUUUUCUUUUUCAGUUAUCAGAUAACUUUAGGUGCAAUUUUACUUGCUAGAAAUGAAAUUCAACACUUAUCUACUGAAAAUAUCAGGUUCAUAUUCUAGUUUAUUCAACACCUUGAGGAAGUUUCAUCUUAACUUUCAUAGAAAUUAUCCAUUACUAUCUGGUAACAUGACGUAUAUCUGUGAUAAACAGUUACCACCAUUCUCUUAUAUUAGAUUUACUAAAUGCUAUAGUACUCUAAAAAAGUCAUUCAUAUCCAGCUUGACAGAAAAUAUAGAUAUUGAAGAAUUAAAGGAACAAAUGAGAAAACAAAGGAAUGUUACAAGUGAGAGAAUUUCUAUUAAAGAAUUUGUGGCUACAGAAAUUAACAAACGUUACAGCAAAGCUAUUGAGAGCUUUAAUCAACAAGAAACAAAGGCAUUAAAAGUUAUAACUCUAGAGCACAGCUUCUUAUUCCAUGAGGGCUAUGAUAUACCAGUAAGUUUUUAAGCAUCUAAAGGUCAUAUUAUGAUAAAGGGAUAGAAUUGCCAUUGUUGUUUAAAAUAUUAGUUCGAUUAUAAUGGUUUGUGUUAUUUAGAACUAUUUAAGCAUUAUUCUAUUAAACGAAACAAAAAUUAAAAUGAAUGAUAAAGAAAUGGAACAAAAGUUUGGUAAAAUUUGUAUGAAAUUUAUUUUUUGCUGUAUUCCCUGUUAAAGCCAGCAGAGGAAAUGGAAAAUAAGCACUGGUUGGAAGCAUUGACAUUUGAAACCAUAGCAGACCGUUUAGUUUAUUAUUUGAGUUUACAAGAUAUGAAAAGAUAUCAAGUAUCCAUCCGAAAUGAUAGGGAAAACCUUGAAGAUCUAAUACAUAAUAGAAAUGCAGAUGGAGACAGUUGUGGGAUAAUUUUGGAUUAUGAGAUUCCAGACAGGCUCUUAAGGUUUGUGAGCUAGAAUAUUAAAUAUGUUCAUUAGAAUUUAAAUACUGCUUACAAAUAAAUGCAAAUCGAGGAAAAACACGAAUUUCAAUGUCAAAAUAUAACAAUACAUUUUUAUGUUGCUUUUAAAAAUUAAAUGAAUUAUUUUGGAGAUUAUGUAUUUCCUGACAGAAAUUGGGUUUUGUAUUAUUUUUCUCUUCUUUUUUUAUCUGAAUUUCUAGUACAUUAGGUUCAAUCAGUCCAAUACAUGUAGAGUAUUGCCUGAAGCAACUUGUCAGUCCAAUUCACUUAAUGAAAUAUAAAAUGAUUUACAAUAAACUUUAACACUGUCCUGAUUAUUUUUAUGCUCAACUACUUACAUCAAUUUUUUUAUUACUUUACUUUAAUUUUGUGCUACUUAUUUUAAUGUUAUUUUUACUUAUGUCAGUUUUGUAAUACUUUAAUGCUUACUUAAAAAAUCACAUCACUUACUUUAGGGGUAUAUUACAGACUACUUACUUUAAUCUCACACUUCUAACUUUAAUGUGCUGCUUACUACAUAUUAAAAAAAAAAAAUUGAUCCUUAGAUGGCACAACAACAGACUUGCAUCAGCCAUGCAGUUUGGCAUUCCUCUUAUUAUUGACAUGGGCUUUACUGUGAGCACCCCUACUGAGUUAAUUCCCCUGAGUCAGCAGCUGUGGGAAUUGUAUUGCACUAACAGAUCACAUCCUGAUCCAUAUCAUCUAGUCUUCACUAACUGUACCCCAUCACAUCCAGUCUACAGGUACACACAACAAGCUUUUCUUCUUUCUUUACAUUUAUUUAAAAUUCUUACGAACCAUGAAACUCACAUGGCAUUUAUUAUUUGGUUUUAUUAAAAAAUUUCAAUGAUGUCAAAAGCAAGAUUUCAUUGUGUAAAAUUAGUUAUAAAUCAGCAUCCCUGACACAUAAAAAAUAUGCUAUGUUUUUAGUUAUCAAUAACUAAGUUACAUUCUGUAAUCUAAACACAAUGGCAUAGUUAGAGUUUUUCCUCUGUAGUCUUUUCUUGAGUUAUAUCUCCCAGCCAUGACAUUUCCUUUACACUCCUGGCUCAAUGGAGUAAGCAAGACCAUAUUUUAACAUUAAUUUCAUACUGAAUAUUCAAUAAUUGUUGAGAAUAUCUAAAACCAGUGAAGAAAUUGUCAUUGAGAAUGGAACAGCUUUGUGGGGGAAAAAUGUAUUAAUCUGUCUGAAUGUCUUAAAAAUAUAUUCAAGUUACUUGAGGAGAAAAUUUAAUUUAUAUUCAUAAUUAACUAUUUCUCACGUUAAUUUUUUGUAAAGAUAAUGUAAUUUCAUUUUUUCAAAAAUGGGAUGAGGCUAAAAGUCAUAACACAAGAUGCAUCCUUAAGUUGAAAGGGAGCUCAUGUCUAUUACGAAUUUUUUGUUGUUGUAUACAAUUAAUAAUUGCAAUGUUUCUUUGUACAGAUACUUAGAGUUGCAUCAUCUGGUAGAGACCAUGUUUAUCCUUGCCACAUUUACAGAUAAGAAUCAUUUGCAACUUUUCCCUACACAGGAAAAGGUAUACCUUAGUGCCCAAGCUAAACAGGUAUUAAGUCUUACCUUAGUGCCCUAGCUAAAUAUGUUAGUGUAUAAAAUUUUUACCUUUGUGCCAUAGCUGAACAGUUAAGUGUUUAAAGUCUUAUCUUGAUGACCAAGCUAAACAGGUAAGUGUGUCAAGACUUGCCUUAAUGACCACACCUGGGGUUUCGAAACCCCCUUAUGAGCCUAUUUAUAACCAUCAUUCACCACCACCCUAUGAAAGAAGGCCCCCACCAAUGGAUGCACCUCCAAAAUGGAAGGAAUAACUAUAGGCCUCUUCCUCCUUGCAGUCUGCCAACUGAUAGCGAAAGAAAAAGUGUAAAUGCCCAAGACAAACAGGUAAGUAUAUAAAGUCUUACCUUGGGCCGAAGCUAAACAGGUUAGUGUCUAACGUCUUACCUCAGUGUGUUAAGUAGACAGGUAAGUGUAUCAAGUCUUUAACCUUAGUCCCCAGCUCACCAGGUAAGUGUCUAAAGUCUUACCUUAGAGUCCAAACUAAACAGGUAAAUAUAGUACUGUUGAUCAAUAUACAACUUUGGGCCCUUUCAGCACCACGUUGCGGGAGCCCUUCCAAUAUGUUGUUUCACUUUGUUCUAAGUCAUUAAUAGAUCUGGGAUAUGUCAGGGGAUGGGAGAAUUAAAAUUAUGACAUUUUAACUGUCAUAUUGUGGCCUCCCCCCUCUCCUGUAUGACAGUUUUGUCUUCUCCUUUUUGCAAGUGGCUUGUGGCAGAAAAUGUAAGAACCAACCCAGGUGGCACCAAUUGUAGCUAUGCCACUGGGUAACAUUAUCACAGUCUGUCUCUGGUAAAAAUAAAGUUACAGGUUAACGUGGCUCAAAUUCGAAGUCAGAUCAGCAUAAAAUAAUUGUAUUUCAUUAAGAAUGAAUUAAGAAAUGCCGACAUCAUUUUAAAAAACCAACAAAGUAACUUGAGAUUUAUUUUUUAGGAAAAGCUGGUUAAAAAAAUAAGAAUCAAUAUGCAUUAAGCCUAUUCUCCCUAAUAUAUUAUAGUCUGAUAACUACCACAAACUGUCAAUGGGGGGAAAGGAAGAGGAGUGUUGGAAAUAUACGUACUCGCCGCUGUUGGAACUAUCAUCAUUUCGGCAAGUUUAGUUGUGUGGAGAACAGACGAACUUGGAGAGAGCAUAGUGCUACAGAUAAGCUAGGAACUUGCCGUGGUAUCCUCUUGUGCCGGAUGAGUCUACCGAUCUCCAGAUCCCAUCAUGUCUUCUCGUGUUUACUUGUGGUAUCAGUUAGGACUCUCAGAUAACAGAAGAGUUGGCAUCCGUUUGCAGCAUGCAUGGAACAAUUACAGGAAAAGACUAAUUUUCGUGGAAGUGCAAACUAUUUUUCACACAUUAACCUUCUGUGGAAUCAACUUUGAGGUGUUACAGUUGAUGGAGGAAAAAUUGGGCUGAAGUGAGGAAAGGUCUGGUGGAGCAGAUCAGGACUCGGAAGAUUUGCUACUUCUGGGCACUCUGUUCAUACACUGCAUCAUGCAUCAGCAAGCACUCUGUGGGAAAGACUUAGCUGUUUCUUGUGUACUAAAAACCAAUUGUUUCUGCUAUGAAUUUCAUUCCGUGACAUGCACUCAAAUCACAGUCAGUUCCAGGCUUUUCUUGAAGAAAUUGAUUCUGAAUUCUGUGACUGGCCUUAUCACACAGCAGUGAGGUGGCCCAGCUGCAGUAAAAUCCUGUUUUGUUUUUAAAAGCUGCAAAAUGAAAUAGAUGUUUUUUUCUGUUUUUUCUCACUGAAAAAAAAUUGAGCUGUUUCACAGCUGUCAGAUCCUACCUGGCUGUCACAGUUGUCAAUUUUUAUUGACAUCACAUCCCACGUGAAUGAAGUGAACUUGAAACUUCUGGGAAAGGAUAACCUAUUUUGUGAUCCCUACAGAAUCAUUAAAGGAUUUCGGAGAAAACUGUCAUUGGUUGAAGCACCACUGGAAGGGGAAAACUAUGCUCAUUUUCACUGUUUCAAAGAGUUUUGCGCUACAAUUGACAAGGAUGUCAAACUUGAUUUUCCAUAAAAAAAUUAUUAGUCACUUGAAGAAGCAUUUGAAGUUGAAGAGAUUUUCAGAUCUUGACAAAAUGUAGAGUGACAUUCUUCUGUUCCAGAAUCCGUUUGAUUGUAACCUUGAUGAUGUGCCAGUUGAAUUACAGUUGGAGCUCAGUGGUAUGCAAGCAAAUGACCUAUUGAAAGAGAAGGAAAACUUAUUGGAUUUUACUGCUGCUUACUUGCUGUUGAGUUUCAGAAACUGAAGAAAUUUGCUGCUGGUAUGUCAUCGGUGCUUGGAACAACUUUUGUCUGUGAGCAAAACUUUUUCAAAAAUGAAUUAUGUGAAGUCAACACAUCGAACGAUAUUGACUGAUGAACAUUUAAAAGCAUUUAUCUUGAUUGGAUGCAGCAAUUCCAAACCAAACAUUGAUGAUAUCUGGAAAGCCCAACAUCAGUUUCACAAAUCUCACGAAGCUUUUUUUGCUGCUUAGUUUGUGAGAUUUGAACAUGUGUGCACUAGGUCUGAUGUAACUAUCUUUUUGCUAACGUCCCCUUCUUUGAUAAAUUUUUUGGUAAAUAAAUAUGUUGGUUGUCUUUGUUUUUUGUGCAUUGCACGCCACUCACCCAUGAUUAACAUGGAAUACCAAACUUAGUUUUUUUGUCUUUUUUCCCAGAGCUUUCAUUCUACCUUAUGAUUAUAAAUAAUUAUACGGCUCACAGUGAAAACGUUUGGUGACCCCUGAUCUAAGCUUAAGUCUGCCUUUGAGCCAUUUUCCUCUGGGGUUUUGGUGGUGCACCCUCUUCACUCCUCUGUCAUUUGGCAUUCUUUCUAAGUGUCCCACCCAGUGUAGCCUGCCCUUUUUAUUUCUAGAACUAGCAUGGGAUCUUGAUAUAGACUAUACUAUUUCUGGCUGGUUUGUAUUCCCAUUUAUAUUCAUCCUUUGUUGGUCCGUAUAUUUUCCAGGGAACAUUUCUCUCCCACGUGUUUAAUAGGUUUUCAGACGUUUUUGUUAGGGUCAAGUUUGCGAAUGUUGAAACUGGUCUGAUUACAGUGGCGUAGCGAAGGUGUUUGCCGUCCGGGGACAAGAUUCGCGCCCGGGGACAAGAUCGAUUUUAAAGCGCCCCUUUUUCUUUUUUUCAACUCUCAAACCCAUUAUUUUCAACAUUUUUGCGCCCCUAACUAGCUGGCGCCCGGGGACAUCUGUCCCCCCCUGCCCCCACCACGCUACGCCUCUGUCUGAUUACAGAUCCGGAUAAGCUUGCUUUUAUUACUGUUAGUAAUUAAUUUCUUUCAUUUAUUAAGGAUCCUAGGUAUUUGAAUUGAUUUACUUUUUCGAAAGUUUGGUUUCUAAUUUUAAUGGUUUCAUCUGUCUAUUCUUCUCUUGAAAUAGUCAUAUAUUUUGUUUCUUGGUUGUUAACUUCUAGCCAUGCUUGUAGUGAUACAUCUUCUAAUUCAAUAAAAGCUUUUGGUACGUCAUAAUGAUAAGUAUGGAUUUUUAAAAUUAUUGUCUUUUAAUUAUUUUUUUAAUAUUUAAAUUUAUUUUCAUUAUCAGCUUUAGUAAGGAAAAUAGAGAUGAUAUUAAAUCAUAACCAUAAAUAAACAAUAGAAUGUAACAGCAUAAGCUGAUAAUCUGAACAACUUCAACACCGCCAAAAACAGCAAACUUCAAUUGCCUAUGAUUAUUUUGACAUUGAAAUGUUAACAUUCAUUAUUCACCCAUUAUUAAUGGAAUGUUAUAAUUGAUUAUUAACAAAUUCUUUUUUUUUUUUUUGGCAGGCUUUAAUUAAGUAUGACCCAAACACAAUUUACAUAAUGGGGGCAUACCAUGAUCCACUUGUACGUAACAAGGAAUCAUUUGCCCGAGCCAAAGAACAGAAAUUGCCCUGCAUGCGUUUGCCUAUAGAUGAACAUGUCAAGUAAGUUCAAAUACUUUUUCUUUCAAAUUUUAUUAACUAAUUAUACGUUUGUAUUCUGUAUUAUGAUUAUUAAAGUUGAACUUAUUGUUUGAUUUACAAAAUUUGUUUGUGCCUAAUUCAUGCUCUUUCAAAUUUGGGAGAAAUUGUAAAUGUAGAUUGACAGUUUAAUUGAGGUAAAUUUUAAAUUUACAUUCUUUAUUCCAAUAUUUGCUGUUAUUCAACAUAUCUCAUUCAAUCCAGUCAAUGUUUUUAUUAAAAAUAUCUUAUUCAAUGCAGUCAAUAUUUUUAUUAAAAAUAUCUCAUUCAAACCACUUAUUCAUUCAUUUUAUCAAAAUAUUUCAUUUAAUCCAUUCAGUCGAUCUUUGUAUUAAAAUAUCUCAUUUAAUCCAUUCAAUCUUUCUAUGUAAGUGUCUCAUUUAAUCCAUUCAGUCAAUCAAUAGAAAGAUUGAAUGGAUUAAAUGAGAAAUUUUAAUACAAAUUUUAAUACAAAGUGUCUCAUUUAAUCCAUUCAGUCAAUCAAUUCCAUCAAACAAUCUCAUUCAUUCCAUUCAGUUAAAUUUUAAUAAAAUAUCUCAUUCGAUCAUGUGAUUCAAACCCUAGAUUGAACUUGCUUGACCAGAGUUUGUAAAUUUAAGAAACAGAUACUUCAUUUGAGUUGAUGUUUCUUGUGGUUUAAUUUCAGAUGGCGACAUCAAAUCCACAAGGAUCUAGACAUCAACCUUGUAGUAGAUAUUUUAUUAUCAGUUAAACAAAGCAAAUCUUGGAAAACAGCUUUCCAAACUGGAGUCCCACACAUGAUUAAUCAGAUUUUGUGACUUCUCUAGUUCAAAGUUAAUUUACACUGGAGAUAUUGUAUAGAUCUAAUAAAUUUAUCAUUUUUCACUUGGUUGUAUUUUGUGCUGCAUCAUUAUUUUGUCCGUAGUAAUAUAUAAUACUUGCCAGUAUUUAAUUUAUUGUCAUAUAUUUUUUUUAAAUAUUUUUUUCUUCCAGUAAUUUGUCACAAUUUUUAUGACUUUAAAAGGAGAAGGGAGAGGGGGGGGGGUGGGUUUGUUCUGGGGUUACAGCUCUAGAUAAAAUUGUCACUAAAUAACACAUUUCAAUAAAUAUCAUCUCAUACUGGUAAUAUCUUUAGUUUAAAAAAAAGUGCUUACAUUUGUAGAUGGAAUAUUGAUUUAUGUGAUCAAAAG